CUUUCUUUAUUUCUUUCUUUGUUUCUUAGUGUUCAUUGGUACAUAUAUAGUAAUCGAUCGGAAUUAUGCAUUGCCAGACGACAGAUUCGGGUUGGGGCAACUACCAUGCAAACCCGAGGAAUUCAUCAUCGUCAUCGUCGGACCCGCUGGAGAGGGUGGUCCGGCUGGCCUCCGGGAGCGCGGUGGUGAUAUUCAGCGUCAGCACCUGCUGCAUGUGCCAUGCAGUGAAGCGUCUCUUCUGCGGGAUGGGUGUUAACCCCACGGUGUACGAGCUGGAUCAGGACCCCAAAGGGAAGGAGAUGGAGAAGGCGCUGUCCAGGCUGCUGGGGAACUCGCCGCCGGUUCCGGUGGUGUUUAUCGGCGGGAAGCUCGUUGGGACCAUGGACAGAGUCAUGGCCUCACACAUCAACGGCACUUUGGUCCCUCUCCUCAAGGAAGCCGGAGCUCUCUGGCUUUAAUUUAUGCACCCAUCUUAUAUCAGAUCACAAACUAAAAGUUUCACCAUUUUUGUAUUACUACUAUGCGUAGCUAGCUGCUCUGUUUCUUGCUCUUUCUUUUCUGUUCCCCAAAGAAUGUGCUUAGGACUCUUAAGUUAGCCUAUCCAGAUUCACUCCAUGUGGAAUCAAAUUAAAUUAAGCAUCCUUUGUAAGUACAGAUGAUGAAUCAAAUUUUAAUUAAAUUAAUCUUCUCUA